GAGGGUUAUAAUUGUAAUUUUAACUAACAAAGAGAAGAGUAGUGCUGGUAUAGACAAGCCAAUAAGAAGGCCCCGCGUAGUGAGUUAAAUGAGCAAAUAAAAAAAUAGAGAAACGAGUGAAAGGAGUGUCCAGUAGUUGUGUAUAUAAAUAGUAAUCCAUAGUUGUUGGUAGGACUCCAAGGAGGCAGGCAGCCAAAUAAUUUUUGUAAAAACAAGCAAACAAAUUAAAUUAUACACUGAGAAAAACAAUAAGAAAGCUAAUCGAAUUACUAGUAAUAAUAAACAUAAUUAUUACUAGCAUUAAUAUCAUGGGAAGAUCACCCUGUUGUGAUGAACUUGGUCUCAAGAAAGGUCCAUGGACUCCUGAGGAAGAUCAGAAGCUUGUGAAUUACAUCCAAAAACACGGCCACGGUAGUUGGAGAGCUCUUCCUAAACUCGCAGGUUUGAACAGAUGUGGAAAAAGUUGUAGGUUAAGAUGGACAAAUUAUCUAAGGCCGGAUAUCAAGAGAGGCAAAUUCACACCCGAGGAAGAACAAACCAUCCUAAACCUCCAUGCUAUCCUCGGUAACAAGUGGUCAGCAAUUGCAAACCAUCUACCAGGACGUACAGACAAUGAAAUCAAGAAUUUUUGGAACACACACUUGAAGAAGAAGUUGAUUCAAAUGGGAUUCGACCCGAUGACUCACCGUCCUCGGACCGACAUUUUCUCAAGCUUGCCUCACCUCAUAGCCUUAGCAAACCUUAAGGAGCUAGUAGAGAACAACUCUUGGGAAGAACAAGCUGUAAGACUACAAACUGAGGUGGCUAAACUUCAGUACUUACAAUACCUUUUUCAGCCACCUACUAAUUAUCCCAUGCCUAACCUAGACAUGGACACCCUUAACCUUUUAAACUCUCUACCUUCAGCAUUUUCUUCAAAGGAUAACAAUAAUAAUUUUAACCAUAACCUAAACACAAACCCGGUUUUGAAUACCGCGAAUUUGGAUAGUCCAAACCCUUUUGAUGCCAUCCAUGAUCAUUUGCCAAGUCUAAAAACCCUGGAAACACCAAUUAACUUGAUCAACAAAGACAACAAUAAUAAUAAUGGUAUUAGUUUGGUUAAUAAUGAUCAAGAUCAAAUUGUUUUUCAUCGUCAGCCUUGUGAGUUUACUGUCUUAAGCAAAGGGGAGAAUUCCCCGACUUCUCCUUGGCUUCCUUCUUCGCCUUCUCCACCUCCGGCAGCCACGACCACCACCUCGGCCUCACUUAUAGAUGGUUGCAAUACUACUUCUGCUACUAGUUUCUGGCCUGAUCAUCUCCUCCUUGAAGACUCCUUGUUUAAUGAUAUUCCUUAGUAUAGUAUAUUAUUAGUAUUUAAUAAUUUUCAUAUAGCAUAUUUUGGAUUAUUUUCAUAUACUGAGUCCUGUGAAAAGUUAAAGGUCUGUACUAUAUUUGCACCCUUAGCUUAUCCCUUUUACGGUGAAUAUUUUCUAGUACAAAUAUACCCCUUUGAACUUCAUUGAUCGUCAUAUUAUGGUGAUUAUAUGAUAUAUAGAUCAGAUAGCACAUACUGUUGGUAUGAAUUAUGGAUUACUAAUUAACUAAAGUAUAAAUGAUUUGUUUA